AUGUCCUCCAUCACCAAUGAUGCAGCCUCUGCACGAGCCGCGCAGAUUCCACAAUUCUUGAACAAACUUCUCGCAAUGGUCGACGAUCCGUCCACCGACCGUUUCAUCAAAUGGUCAGACGACGGCACGUCUUUCUAUGUCUUCAAUCCAGACCAGUUUGCAAAAGAACUCCUUGGUACCUACUACAAAACCGACGCAAGCGCCUCCUUCGUUCGUCAAUUGAACAUGUAUGGCUUCCACAAGGUGCCGCACGUCCGGCAAGGUGCGCUCAAGACGGACAAACAAGCCCAGGCAUGGCACUAUCGCAACGACAACUUUCGUCGCGGCAGACCAGAUCUCCUACCGUUCAUCACUCGCAAGGGAAAGUCUGUCGUCAACGCCGGCAACGCCAAUCCCAGUAACCUGGCGCUUCAGUCUAUCAAGCAGCCGGACAACGAUGGCGACCUGGAACUCCUUUCCAAUAAUUUCAACGCCAACAUUCAGUCCAAUACCGGUGCAGAGAUUACCCGUGGGUCGCCCAAGAAUAUUGACAUGAACCAAAUCAUCAACGGUCUCGCCACCAUCAAGAGACACCAGACCCUUAUCUCGGACAAUCUCAAAGAGCUACAGUCGUCCAACCAGGCUCUCUGGCAGGAAGCCAUGGAGGCCCGCGAACGCCACCGUAAACACCAAGACACAAUCAAUCGCAUUCUCAAAUUUUUGGCCUCGCUCUUCCAGGGAACCUCUUCGACCCCAAUAAGGUCGAACAGCAUGAAUGGUUCAGAUGCUGGCACGCCUAUACCCACUGUUCCGAGGGGGAGGCUGUUGAUUACAGAUGGAAAGCACGCGGACGAGGAGAAUGACGACCUCGUGUCAACGCCCAAAAGCAGUAUUCGGAUGGAAGAGGUUGAAGAUGAACAAUCGAUAAGUGGACAAGGCCCGACCGUAGAAACACCAAAGUCUGGGAUCGAUACACCCAAAGUUCAAACACAAAACGGGUUCUCCGCUGUUAGUCCUUCUCAAUAUCCCUUUCCUGAUUCAUCAGGCACAACACCCAACACGUAUAUCCCUCCUGCUGACACUUGGAAAAUGCUCCAAUGGCUCCAGCAAAACCAAAUUCCAAUUCCCGGCGUAACGUAUCCCAUCGUGAAUCCACAAACCCAUAAUGGUGCGUUGGCCACUGUCCCCCCAGCGGGCAUGAACAUCAAUCCAUUAGCAUUUGGCAACAUGUUUGCAAACAGUGCAGAUAUGAGUGGCCUCUCAAACCCUACUGCGUCGUACAACCCAACAGGCGCGACACCCAACUGGACGAAUGCGGGCACCUACAAUCCGGCAAUGCUUUCAAACGGACAAGCGGCCAUCAACGCCCUCGGCCUACCGUAUACGGACAAUAACCAGCUCUUCAAUUCCUUUUUGCCACUCGCCAACGUGGCAAGCGAGCCACCUCCGUCAGUCUCUGUCGAGCAAGUCUCCCAGCGUACAGACAAAUUGGACCAGCUAUCCACGAGUGUUGAGGCGAUGCAACAAGGUAUCGACUCGCUCAUCCAAGGCAUGGGCCUCGAUCCGCUCUCCGCCGCAUCACUCCAAGUCGGCGCCGACCCAGCACAUGCAAUCUCAAACACACAGCCAGGGAUACCGCUCAGCGGAGCAGCGACGACGACGACGACGACGACGACAAAUGGAAUGUCAUCUCAUGGGAACGGACCUUCUGGACAGGCACCGGAGCCGAUGUAUCCAAUGGACCCACUUGACUUUGACCUCGAUGCGCUCUUGAAGCACAUUGGCGAAAAGGCGGCUGGAAAUACCCCACCGGCAGACUACACCUCUCUCGCAGGUGACUCGACAUUUCACCCACUCUUUUUCGACAAUCCCUCGGGACUUGACGCCAAUGGUGCGGCUGGACAGCAUCACAUUGACCCGACUACGACGACGAACAAUGUCUUUGAUUCGAUUGGAAGAGCGAGUUCGGUUACGACAGGCGGGAUGAGCGAGAGUCCCGUCUCGACGAGGCGUGAUAUCUCUGUUGAACCUGGAAUAGAGGGCUCGUCCCAAUUCGACCUUGCAAACUCUGCGGAUACGACGUCGAUGGUGACUGAUGCUGGAGGGAAUGGUGGUCGACAGCGGAACAAGAAGCGCAAGCUCGAGGACAAUUCGGCCCCUGUCGCUCCUCCUCAGCGGCAAGCAUCUUCGGGGGGUACUCGGUCGACAAAGCGGAGGAAAUGA